AUGGAUAACGACACUUUUGUGGAUCCCAUUCUUCCAAGUGAGGGUCCUGCAAAAGUCGCAAAGUUGAUCAGAGUGAAUGAAGGGAAAAGUCAGGAAAAGAAAAAGUCUUCCAAGUCAAAAAACACCUCUCCGGAUAACCCUAAACUGAAGAAGUCAUCCAAAUCAUCUAAACCGAAAACAGAGCUUGAUGAAGUGGAGACGAGUCCAAAGGCAAAGAGUAUCGUGAAGUGCACCAAGGCGGUAGUCAUCGAUGUCGGUACAGGAUACCUGAAAACCGGGUUUGCUGGGGCGGAUGCGCCCUCCUGCGUAAUUCCCAGUGUUGUAGGUUUGGCGCGCAAAGGCCCCUUUGAUUACAAGCACGGCUAUGUGGGGAGGGAAAUUCUAGAAACACUAGACAUAUCCUACAUCAGCCCGGUGCAUAAUGGCAUAGUAACAGAAUGGGAUGCAAUGGAGAGACUGUGGGAAUACGCGUUCAAAACGCUGGGUAUCCCAAGCGAGGAGCACGCCGUGCUUUUGUGUGACCCUCCUCUUAGUCCGACCACCAACAGAGAAAAACUCGCCGAAAUCAUGUUCGAGAGCUUCAGCACUCCAGCCAUGUUUAUUGAAAACCAGUCCGUUUUAUCCAUGUAUUCCUAUGGCAGAACUAGCGGACUGGUUUUGGAAUGCGGGCAUGGAUGCUCUUACGCAGUUCCCAUUGACGACGGCCACUACAUGCCAAGUUACACCUGUCGUGCAGAAUAUGCAGGACGAAGCCUUGACCUUUACUUGCAGAAGUUACUGCAGGAGUCUGGAAAAGGGUUUUCUUUUGACAAAUUAGGCCUAAUGGAUGACAUCAAGGCAAAAUGUUGCUAUGUAGCCCCUGAUAUAGACAUUGAAUUAAGAGUUUGUGAAAUGGUGCAAUACAAGCUUCCAGAUGGGAAUUAUAUCUCAUUGGGAAAUGAGCGUUCUCUUUGUCCAGAGGUGCUAUUCCAGCCAAAUCUGAUUGGAUCCCGUGAGCCAGGACUUCAUAUUAUGGUCAUGAACUGUAUCAAUAAAUGUGACAUCAGAUUGAAGAGUGACAUGCUACAGAAUAUCCUAAUAUGUGGCGGCUCCACAAUGUUCAGUGGUCUUCCUGAACGGCUGCAGAGCGAGCUCAACCAGAUCGCACCAUGUGGUGGGACUACCAUUGUGGCAUCCCAGGAGCGUCAAAACACAGUGUGGCUUGGAGGUUCAAUCCUUGCCUCCCUGUCCUCUUUCCAGUCACUUUGGAUUCGGAGGAAAGACUAUGAGGAGAAAGGGCCCUUUGCCAUUUAUCGAAAAUGUUUCUGA